AUGAUUCUGCAGCAACAGUUUCAGAAGCAGCGAGCAAUGGAUGAAGUGGCAAAGAUCCGGAAGAGGUUCGGGGAUGAACAAAGCACUCUGUUGGACCAAUUUGAGAGGCUGUCAUUUGAGUCUCACCUCAACAAGGCCAUGCUGCAAAGGAGCCUCUCAGAGCCAGGGUUUCCAAGGUGUGUGUCACAGCCGAGGCAUGUCAGUGUGACCCCAACAAUACCUCUCUUGAAUCAUGGCAAACAAAAACGUUGUCGUGCUUCGGGGCUGAACAAGGUUCUGAAGAAAUUGCUGAGACCCAUUAUUGGCAGAAAGAGUAGUAGUGUUGCAGAAAGGAAACAUGUUCCAGAUCCUAUGAAUCCACUUUCUUGGAAGGCCUUCAGCAGAUCACUAAGGUUCUAA